CAGUGGCAGAACACAACACUCGACGGACAUCGUGGCCGGUCCCGGGUCUCCUCUUUAUCUCGCCAUGUUCUCCGCAACGCCUCUGGACAUUCGUCCUGGGUCUGGGAUUGGUAUUUUUGAGCUUGGUACAUCACUCUGGACAGUCAUCGAACAGCUUAGGUCUUCGCAAAACCUAUUCCCACAAGUUGAAGUUAAAUACGACCCAGAGCUUUCCUCCACAACUCCUGUGAUCCUACACCUCCGUCCUCACUUUGAUCUCCUUUUCUCUGGCCGCCAGCAGCGAUUACAUACAAUCUGUCUCAGAGGGCUGAGGCAACAGCCACAUAUGGCACUGCUCUAUAAGAACUCAGAAAUCAUCUCCUCUGGAGAAGCUCUGUCCAGAGUCAAAGUCAGCAGGACUUUUGGUCCAACCUACGCAGGGAAUGAGCUCAAAUAUCCUGGUGUCUGGUUUAGCUUUGAGGAAGAUGCGACAGAUGAAAGCUCUGGUGGCGCUAAUUUCAGUGCGGACGGCCGGAACCAGGAGGUGAAACGUAUAUUUGUCGUGCAAAAGCCCUCCAACGGAGAAAAUCAUGACGGGACGAACGAAGUCGUGGUGUGUCCUCCAAUGUACGGAGAUAUUUCACGCGCAAUAGCUAAGAUACACCACGGCGUCGUGUUGUACUUUUAUCCGCCUGGCGUACCCUCACUGCACAUUCGAAUCGGCGAGACCAGCGCACAAGACCUCAACGUUGAUCUUGGACCUCCAAACCGCAUACACUACAAGGAAGAUGAACGUAUGACAAUUCACUCGCCUCAGUGCUCAGAGGAAAACCCAGGCUCGGACUAUUUUUACAAUUACUUUCAACAUGGGAUCGACUUUCUCAUCUCUGGCCGAACCCACAUCUUGCAGAAAAUAAUCAUUCACUCCAACGUUCCCGGAUCCCCAUUGUUCCUACGGUACAAACGUUGCCCUUGGGAACUUGAAGGGAAACCCGAAGACGACGAAGAUGGUACGCCACCUACAAGGCAUUUUGACGAGAAGUUCGAUAUUAUCAAUCACUUCCUUGGUCCUCAAGGUUCGCCACCAUCAAUGCUCCUUGAUCGCACGGUGGAUGAGGAGGGAAUUACGCUGCCUAACUCUGAAACACAACUUCACGGCUACGACGGUCUGAUUCUGGAGGUCUCAGAGGCAUCAUAUGUACUUUCGGUUGUAAUCUUCUAAUGACAGGGCAGUAUCUAUAAAAUACAUACUACAGCUACAGCAAUUGCCCUUGUAGUCAUUGUAUAACUUGAAAUAACUGAACAUCGUACAAUGUGUUUAUUUGUUCAUAAAUUUCAUAGUUCUAUUAUCACAUAAACUGUGCUAGGUUUCAGGUGGGUAUGUGGUAACGAAGAUGUCUGGCCAAAUCCUCCUCAAUUCUUCAAGGCUAUUGAUUACAUCUAUCCCUUCAAGGGUUUCAUGUCCCUGGUUGGUUAGUUUCUUCACCUGACCUCCCUCUACAGCUUCUAAUCCAGCCUCGAGAAAAUAGGCGCAGCGCCCCCAACCUAGAUCCUUAGCAGCUUUGAUGUUCAAUCGGCUGUCGUCAACGAAGAAACACUUCGAUGGGUCCGAAAUGCCGGCCUUCUUCAUCGCAUCAUGGUAAAAUGCUGCUUCCGGCUUGCAAGAAAAAUUAGGUUGGGUAUAGUCGCAGUAAACGAGCCCCUCUAUCUGAUCUUCAACUUGCAACGUCUUGAGAACCCGACGUGCAUGAAACUCGUAAGCGUUUGUAAGUGCCCACACUCUGACCUUCGAUCUAUCGAGGUCUUCGAACAGUUGCAGGAGAGAGGGAUUCGGUUUGAUUAAUUGUUCUAGCGGGAGGGUACAGUCGCACUUGCGAUCGAAAUCCAUUGGAUCUAUAUCGUGAUGCCGAGUGAGUCCACGAAGAGCCAAUCCAUACUGGGUAUAGUAUUGAUGAUGGAGAACCGAUGCUUCUUCUUCGCUCAAUCCCAUGGACACGAAGUACGCUGGUCGCCGAUGGGUCAGCUCAAGGCCCCCUUGCAUGACGAGCAACGGUUACAGUGUAUACGCUUCCCCAUCUCCUGAGAUAUCUUAGUACUCGCAGAGUACAAUGUGUUGUCUAUGUCAAACCAUAUUAUGGACCUAGGAUCUAAGAAGCAGACAGAGAAUGAAACAUAGUUAACAUGUCAGAGGAUGAAGGGGCACCUUCGACACCAGCCAUGGUUUUCCAGUAUAUUGGGAAUUCAAAGAAUUCAGCCCUCGACCUCGACCUUGACCUUGACGC